AUGUCACUUUAUUGUAUUAAUGACAAACUCCUCUUUGAUAGCAAAGCCAAAGAAGAAGCAAAGGCACCUAUCAUAUCUGGCCUCUACUUGCAGCUCGUAAAUACAAAUCAAGCUCUAGAGAAGCAUAUUAAAGAAUUAAGGAAUCAAAUUUUGACUUUGCAAAAAGAGAACAAAGAAUUAAGAGAUUUACUGCAAGAAAAAGAUUAUAAUAACGAAAAAUCAGUCAGAGAAAGCGUCUACAGCUUGACUGGAGAGCUUGACGAGUCUAUUUAUCAAUUAAGAUGUCUUGUUGAACAAAGUCAAGAAUGAUUCAGUCCGUUUGAAAACGGUCAAUCAAACUACGAUACAAGAAUUUCCCGAGAAAGCUUAUCAAAUUCAUUCUGGAGGCCUAAAAUAUUAGAUCUUCACAAAGAACUAAAAGAUUUGCUCUCUAACAAUAAAAACGCCGAAGAAAAAUUGCAAUUUUUUAUUGACCAGCUGAUUUACCUUUUUGGUGAAGCUGAAAAAGUAACAAAUAAUUAUGAAGGGAGCACAAGAAGCAUUAUAAAUCAAAAUAAAGCAUUAACGUAUGAGCUGAAAGAAAUAAGCCAGGAAUACAACUUAAUGAAAGAAAAGUUUGAGAAAAUGACAUCUUCACCAUAUGACUCGCCAGGCUCUGCAUUCUAUAAAGAAGUUGAAAGCUGAGUUGAUAAGAUUUCUCGAUUUUUUUGUGAAAAAGUGAAAUUUCUUUUCCAAAACAUUGAUGAUCCUAUCACUGCAAAUGAAUUUUUAUCAAUCCAUGAUUUGAAAUUGCCAUUAACUUCUAAACAGCAAGAAUACAUUGUAUCAGCCUUAAAAAGCAUUAUGAGUGCUGUAAGCUACUCAGACUCUCCUAAAAGAAGCAUUAAUCGCGAUUUCUAUGAAACUGAAAUGAAUUAUCAGAGCACGAUACAAAGAUUGAGUUUAGAACUAUGCGACCUUAAGAAGGAAAAAGAUUUAAACUCCACAUAUAGGGAAGAUGACACUGUUAAAGAGACAUGAUCAGAUAUUGAUGAAGGAGUUCAGUAUAAAGCAGAGCCUUUUCAAUGGCGAUGGUCGCGCAGUAACUAUGGAAGUGAAAAUUAUUAA